AUGUCAAAAGCGUUUGACGAUCGGGUGAUCCCCCUCGGGGAGCCUGCAACGACCAGGGCCAAGCUGGUCGGAGUGGCCAUGGCGCUGUUUGCGGCCUUUGGAGGAUUCUUGUACGGCUAUGACACUGGUUACAUCUCCGGAACCAAGGAGAUGCCUUACUGGCAGCAGCACUUUGGAGAUCUGCAGCCCAACGGGGAAUACCGACUCACGACUGCCAACGAUUCUCUGGUCACCUCUAUCCUCUCGGCCGGGACGUUUACGGGUGCCCUGUUAGCAUACCCUUUCGGAGACCGCCUCGGCCGCAGAUGGGGUGUCAUCGUCGCCUGCGCCGUCUUCUGUGUCGGCGUGGCCCUGCAAACCGCUUCCACCUCCGUCCCCGUCUUCACCGUCGGCCGUGUGUUUGCCGGUCUCGGCGUCGGAAUGACGUCUUGUCUGGUCCCCAUGUACCAGUCUGAAUGUGCCCCCAAAUGGAUCCGUGGCGCUGUCGUGGCCUGUUAUCAAUGGGCCAUCACCAUCGGUCUCUUGGUCGCUGCCAUCGUCGUUAACGCUACCCAGAACUUUUCAGAUGCCAGCUCGUACCGAAUCCCCAUCGGCAUCCAGUUCGUCUGGGCAUUCAUCUUGUCUCUCGGACUAUACAUCCUGCCCGAGUCGCCCAAGUACCUGAUCCUCAAGGGCCGCGAAGAGGAGGCCAAGAAGUCGCUCUCCAGACUCCUCUCUAUCCCAGUCUCGUCCCCCCAGGUGUUGAGCGAGUACGAGGAGGUCGUCGAAAGCCUGCGCGCCGAACGCGCCAUGGGCACCUCCACUUACGCCGACUGCUUCAAAUCCGGACCCGGCAAAUACCGUCUCAGGACGCUGACCGGUAUGGGUAUUCAAGCCCUCCAACAGCUCACCGGGAUCAACUUCAUCUUCUACUACGGCACAACCUUUUUCAAAAACAGUGGGAUCCAGAACGCAUUCACCAUCACGAUCAUCACCAACGUCGUCAAUGUAGUCAUGACCAUCCCCGGAAUCUGGUUGGUGGACAAGGCCGGACGACGAUCGCUCUUGUUGACCGGCGCUGCCGUCAUGUGUGUCUGUGAAUUCAUGGUCGCAAUCAUCGGAUUGAAGCUUGAAAGCACCAACAGGGAUGGCCAGCGCGCUUUGAUCUCGCUCGUGUGCAUCUACAUCGGCGCGUUUGCAGCCACUUGGGGCCCCAUCGCAUGGGUUGUGACCAGUGAGAUUUAUCCAUUGGCCAUCCGAGCCAAGGCCAUGUCCAUGUCCACCGCAUCCAACUGGGCCUUGAACUUCGCCAUCGGAUACUCGACACCCUACCUGGUCGAUGUGGGUGAGGGCAAAGCCGGGCUGAAGUCGAACGUGUUCUUCAUCUGGGGCGCAUGCUGUGCCUUGUGCUUCUUAUUCACCUUCUUCUGUAUUCCUGAGACGAAGGGUCUGUCGCUCGAGCAGGUCGACCAGCUGUACAUGAACAGCUCCAUCCUCGGCUCCAACGCCUAUCGCCAGCGGCUCGUCAACGGCGAGUUCGACAACCACCACGCCUCUACGCCCCUCGGCUCGAUCGCCGAAGACGACCGGGCCGACAAACUCGCCAAAGUCGCUUGA